GGGGAUGCUGGCGGAGGCCGCUACCAGUGCGGUGUAUCUGGGCCCCGCUCCCGCUCCCGGUGCUGCGCACUUGCCAGCGGGGCCAGGGAGGCGGCGCAGGCCAGCGGGGAGGGGGCACCCGAAGUGGGUUUCUGGCAGCCACCAUCGCUGGCACAGGACGCAGAGGGUGGCGCACGGUGAACUCCGCGCCCAGGCACCGCACGGGGCUGCCUCUGGCUCUGCGGCUCUGCCCCAGCCCAGAAAACCGGCGCCUUCCAGGCCCUUCGAAAGAUGGAUUCUGUUGACGUAUCUGGCGGCCCUGGCAAGCCGGGUGGAAAGUUGGGUUUUGCCAGAUCGCGUUGGGCUCGCCUUUGUGACGCUUGGCCAGCCCCGCAUCCUCCCGGAGCCGGGUUGAGUGGCAUCAAAGGUGAGUGAUGGAUGAUCUGCAGUCACAGAACCUCUCCAUGGACAUGACCAACUCCUCUCCUGCCUUGGCCAAUAACAGACUGGAGAAUGGUAUGGCCCAGCUGAUCACCACAGAGGCCUGGAACAUCAACUCCACAGACCUGGUAAAGAAGGCGCUGGUGACGGUGCCGGCCCCAUCCAUUCUGAACCCCCCAGCUGAGUCCCAGAGCGGCAUGGCUCUAAAAGUGGCGGCCACCGUGUUGCAGCCCCUUUGCCUUGGGGAGAGCCCGGUGGUGAUGCCCAUUCACAUGCAGGUGGAGGGAAGCUCUGCACCUGAGCUCAACCCUAAUGGCAAUGCCACCUAUGUUAUGACCACACAGGGCCCUGUGCAGCUGCCCGUGGUGCUGGAGCAGCAUGUCUUUCAGCACCUCAACUCCCCUCUGGUCCUGCCACAGGAGGCCCCAUGCUCCUCCAGUGCCAUCCACAACAACCUCUUCCAGGCAGCCGAGGACCCCGAGGCCCAGCCCCAGCUCCUGGACUUGCGUAUCCCCAGCCAGCCACAGGAGCCCACAUUGCCAUUUGAAGCUGUGCUCCAGAAUUUGUUUCCCUCACAGAGCACUCUGGGCUCCCCACCCUGUCAGCCUCCUCCUGGAUAUGCCCCUGUGCCCCCCCAGCCCUUUAACUCCCCCUUGUCCCCCCUGGUCCCGCCAGCCACCCUCUUGGUGCCCUACCCUGUGAUUGUCCCCUUGCCUGUACCCAUCCCCAUUCCCAUCCCCAUCCCAGUGCCUCAGAGUUCUGAGUCCAAGUUCAGCCCCAGUUUAUCCAAGCCGCCAUCUUCCUUUGGCCUACACCCCUUUAAAGGCACUCAGACCCCUCUGGAGAAGGAGGAACUGAAGCCCUUUGACAUCCUCCAGCCCAAGGAGUAUUUCCAGCUCAACCGCCACACAGUCAUCAAGAUGGGGAGUGAGAAUGAGGCCCUGGAUCUCUCCAUGAAGUCAGUGCCCUGGCUCAAGGCUGGCGCAGUCAGUCCCCCAAUCUGCCAGGAGGAUGCAGCCCUAGACCUGUCUCUGGCAACCCACCGGAAGUCUGAGCCUCCCCCUGAGACUCUGUAUAAUAGCAGCAAGUCAGUGGACAGCUCAUGUCACAAGGUGCAGGAGAAACUGCACAGAGACAUGGAGGUGCCCUUUGCCCCUGCCACACCCCACGAAGCCUCAGCCAUGAUAGAUAGCCACCUGGGCAGCAGUGACACCACCCAGCCUUUCAGCCAGCCCAGCCAGUCCAACAGCGAGGUCAAGGCUGAAAAUAACAUUGAGAUGGUGAGCAACUCCCAGGCGGCCAAGGUGAUUGUCUCGGUGGAAGAUGCCAUGCCUACUAUCUUCUGUGGCAAGAUCAAAGGCCUCUCGGGCGUGUCCACCAAAAACUUCUCCUUUAAAAGAGAAGAUUCCGUAUUUCAGGGCUACGACAUCAACAGUCAAGGAGAAGAGUCCAUGGGAAACACAGAGCCCCUUAGGAAACCUGUCAAAAGCCGGAGCAUAAAAUUCAAGAAAAUGAAUUCCCAGGAAAUACACAUGCUCCCGAUCAAAAAACAACGGCUGGCCACCUUUUUUCCAAGAAAGUAAAUAAUGUGCGUGUGUGGUGUUUUUUUUUUUUAAUUUUAUGAUUAUAAUAUGGAGAAAGGUGCAUUGGUUUUAUAAAAAGGCAUUUAAAACAAAUUAUCUUUGUUAAUUAUUUUGGGGGGUAAUUCGGAAGCAGGAAGGCGAAUUGGCUCUAGAGGCCCUGUAAGCUAGCAUCAUUUUAUUUUUUUUUUAUUUUUGACUUUUCACAAAUGAGUAAAUAAGAGCAACCUAUUUUUCAAGCAAAUUGCACAUUUUUUGCAGCUUUAAUGGAAUAUUGGGUGAAUCAGAAGGGUAAAAAAGCUAUUUUCAUUGCCACAAAGUGCUUUGAUGAUGUAAUACCUAAUAAAGGGUAGGCUGAAUAUUUCACAAUAAAUGUUUGUUUGCACUAA